AUGUCGGAAACUGCCCCUGCUGAGAUAGCCGCGCCAACCCCGGUGGAAAAGUCUCCUGCCAAGAAGAAGGCAACCAAGAAGGCGGGCGCGGCCAAGCGCAAGGCGACCGGACCCCCGGUGUCCGAGCUCAUCACUAAGGCCGUGGCGGCCUCUAAGGAGCGCAAUGGCCUCUCUCUGGCCGCGCUCAAGAAGGCCUUGGCCGCUGGUGGCUACGACGUGGAGAAGAACAACAGCCGCAUCAAGCUGGGGCUCAAGAGCCUGGUGAGCAAGGGCACCCUGGUGCAGACCAAGGGCACCGGCGCCUCCGGCUCCUUCAAGCUCAACAAGAAGGCGGCGUCCGGCGAGGCCAAGCCCAAGGCCAAAAAAGCGGGCGCGGCCAAGGCCAAGAAGCCCUCAGGGGCCACACCGAAGAAGCCCAAGAAGGCUCCGGGGACCAAGAAAGCGGUGAAGAAGACUCCGAAGAAAGCGAAGAAGCCUGCCGCCGCCGGGGUAAAAAAAGUGACCAAAAGCCCCAAGAAGGCCAAGGCUGUCGCGAAGCCCAAGAAGGCCGCCAAGAGUCCUGCGAAACCCAAGGCAGUGAGGCCAAAGGCGGCUAAGCCCAAGGUUGCCAAGCCAAAGGCAGCUAAGCCUAAGGUCGCCAAGGCCAAAAAGACGGCUUCCAAGAAGAAGUAGGGAGUUGGCCUGGAUAGCCAAGACAAACCCCAAAGGCUCUUUUCAGAGCCACCCAGGGAGCUCAGAAAAUGGCUGUGCACUCCGUUUACUUUAUGGCUACCCGAGUGACUUCACAAAGUCAGCGCCCGCCCCGAAGAAGGGCUCCAAGAAGGCGGUGACCAAGGCA